AUGUUGCACGAUGCUAAACAUCAAUUGAAUUAUUUAUACAAUGUCUCCGUGGAAUUUCUGGAGUAUGCGAAGAAAUUCGACAAUAUUAUUCGAUAUGCUUUAACCAAUUAUGUUACCAAAUUGUAUGAUUUGAAGAAUUUUUCAUGGAUUAACGAUCGUUUAAUGGGAGUUGAACGAUGUUUUAUCAAUCCACGUGGUAUUCCGGGUGAAGCAUCACAACGACAUUUACUGUUUAGUGUUAGCAGUAAAAAUAAAUAUCAUUUUAUCACUAUGACUACUAUUCAUGAUGCGAUAGAUGCAUUCAAGAGAGCAAAAACUGACGCUGAACGUGUUCUGACCGGACGUCAAAUCGCAUUUCAAAUAUCCGUAAUUCAGCAUUCCAUCGAGUGUGCUAUUAGCACGCUAAGCAAUAGAAUUUGA